GCGGCGGUGAGCACCGUGCGGCAGAGGAGCGCGGCGCCCAGAGCGCGGGCCGCCCGCGGAGCGAUAGCCGGAGCCUGGUCCCAUCCCCAGCCGAGCCCCACCGGAGCCGAGCCGAGCCGAGCGGAGCCUGCCGGGUCCGGAGCGCCAGGUGUCCGCAGCCAUGCUGGCCGGCCGCGCCGUGCGCACCUGUGCGCUGCUCGCCCUCUGCCUCCUGGGCAGCCGGGCCCAAGAUUUCGGGCCGACGCGCUUCAUCUGCACCUCGGUGCCCGUGGACGCCGACAUGUGCGCCGCGUCCGUGGCCGCUGGCGGCGCGGAGGAGCUCCGGAGCAAUGUGCUGCAGCUCCGCGAGACCGUGCUGCAGCAGAAGGAGACCAUCCUCAGCCAGAAGGAGACCAUCCGCGAGCUGACCACCAAGCUGGGCCGCUGCGAGAGCCAGAGUACGCUGGACGCGGGUCCCGGCGAAGCCAGGGCGGGCGGUGGCCGCAAGCAGCCCAGCUCGGGCAAGAACACUAUGGGCGACCUGUCCCGGACGCCGGCCGCGGAGACGCUCAGCCAACUCGGGCAAACUUUGCAGUCGCUCAAAACCCGCCUGGAGAACCUCGAGCAGUACAGCCGCCUCAAUUCCUCCAGCCAGACCAACAGCCUCAAGGAUCUGCUGCAGAGCAAGAUCGAUGACCUGGAGCGGCAGGUGCUGUCUCGGGUGAACACUCUGGAGGAAGGCAAGGGGGGCCCCAAGAACGACACCGAGGAGAGAAUCAAGAUCGAGAGCGCCCUGACCUCCCUGCACCAGCGGAUCAGUGAGCUGGAGAAAGUUCUGGACUCUCCAGGUUUGGGCUUCCAGCCCACGUUUCUGGGCUGGAGAUAA